GUGAGAAGUUCUCAGUGAGCAACGGGCGAUGCGAGUAGAAAGAGAAAAUUCGAGGAGAACUGAUCCGCGAGAGAGUUAUCCGUAGUUUUGAAGCCCAAUAGUAGCGUGUUGCCAGGGGGGUAUAUAACAUAGUCCGGUAUAUAAGCCCGUUUUGCGGUCUUUGUCGUCGGUUGACGACCGCGCGCAGUAAGGAAAGGGGCGCGCGCGAAUAGAGCCGAGUCUCAACCAUAUCGUUUAUACCGACGCUCGGGCGUCGCGCAUUUCAAUCUAUUGAUGCGUUUUCGGGUAAUAUAGCCCUGUGUGUUCGGUAGUAGGGUGCGCGCGCGGGGUAUACUAACGCGCGACAUACAUCAAGUAACAACGAGUCCCCGCGUCUCUCGUGUCGGAUUUUCGACGUUCGUGUCCCGUACACCUUAAUCACGAAAAAAAGGAAUAAUAAACUCUAUUCAAACAAAUAUUCCAUUCGUGUGAGAAAUCGGCCGUUUUCUUUUUUUAUCGUUUACGUUAUUAUUUUCACCGACGCUACCGUGUAUAUCAGAGGAGUUUUGCAGUAGACUUUUUCGAAGAGGAGUGAAAAAUCCAAGAGAAAAAUAUGGAGAGCCGACCGGCGCCUUUGCGUUCGAGGCGAGUUUGCCGUUUUUGCCUUACGGAAACUGAACCUCUCAACUUCAUCUACGAGAGAGAUCACACCAAGCCAUUCCAAGUGCCGCUUACUCUGCAAAUAAUGUCCUGCGUCGCCAUCGAGGUGUACGCAGCAGACGGCAUGCCCCAGAUGAUCUGCAGGAUGUGUCGUUGGAAUUUGGAUCGUUCGUACAAAUUUAAGCUCCAGUGUAAGAAAGCGGACGAGGCGCUACGAGCGUAUCCAAUAACGGGAGUUCUGCCUCGACCAUUUCCACCGAUAUCGAACGAUUCGCCGGACGCGCCGGGUAAGCGAGGUGCUGAGCAGUCGAUGCAGUCGGGAGAAUCGACGAAAAAGUCGCGAGUCGACAACGGGGAUAGAGAUCGACAGCGAAGCGAUCGUCAGCAGGAGAAGCACAGUCACGAUAGCGAGCGUAACGAUUUGUACAAGGAAGAUCAGGAAGACAGCGACGUCGAUCAGGACAUGUCGAACGAGAAGGACGACCGGAAGUUGGAGCCGGGGGAGAUAAGAGUUCACGCUUGCGACCAGUGCGACCGAACGUUUCCACUUCGGCAAGCUCUGCAGUUGCACAUUCAGCGUGCUCACCGUGACCGAAAUUACAAGUGCACCGAAUGCGAUCGUAUGUUCUUCUCGAAGUACGAUUUAGCGAAGCACAUGACGACUCACUCAUCGGAAAAGCCGUACUCGUGUUCGAUUUGCAACAAGACGUUUACGCGAGCGAAUUUAUUGCAACGUCACGAGAAAUUACAUCGGGAAGAUUUGCGUUACGGGUGUCAACAUUGCGACCGUGAAUUUUUCACGACCGAGGAGCUCGAGAAGCACGAAGACACGAUGCACAAAACAACAAAACCGUAUCAGUGCAACAUAUGCAACAAACGCUUCACUUACAAGCAAGGCCUCGAGCGCCACGAGCUUCUUCACAACGAGGACAAAACUUUCGUUUGCGAAUAUUGCAAAGAGGCUUUCCGCACGAGUACCAAACUGGCUCGCCACUUGGCUACUCACUCCGGACAUCGGCCUUACCUCUGCAAGCUCUGUCCACGGAAAUUCCUCUUGUCCCAUCACCUCACACGCCAUAUGCGUUCUCACUCGGUUGAGAAACGUCACGUGUGCGAGGACUGCGGCAAAGCGUUCAAGCGCAAAGAGAGCCUCGAGGUUCACCAGCUCACUCAUUCGAAGCGCUCCGGCAUGGCCCUCACUUGCGACGUGUGUCAAGAAUCUUGCCGCAAUCGUGCGGAUUACGUCACUCACAUCAAACAGCAUAUCGAAGCGGGUGAAAAAAUGGGUCCCGACGGUUUGCAGCCGGACAAGGGUAAAGUUGAGACCGAGAGCGAAGAGGAAGAGGAGGAGGAAGAGGAAGGUUACACGGACGGCGACGACGAUUACGAGCCGCCGGCUUACGUCGUGAAAAAACUGCCGAAAGUGAAGUCGCAGCCGCCGGAGAGCGAGGAGGAGGACGAUCCUCCCGCCCGCAUGGACCAGCAGCACGAGAGCGAAGACCGCAAGGAGCAGGUCGUAUUCGUCCGUGGUAAGGACGGAAACAUCGUGAAGAAAACGAUAAAAACAUUGAUGCCGAUAACGCGUCGUGAUGCUCACGAAACCCCGUCGAAGAGUACCAAGCCUUUGGCUACUGCUACGCCGAAAAAGACCGAAGAACCCGUGGCCAAGAGCUCCUCCCGUGGACACGAGGACAGCACCGAAGCCGAGGUCCAAAAAAUAGUUGCCUCGGUAUUCAAAGAACACAAAAUACCACUCAAACACACGACCAACAUUCCUCAAGAGAACCAGGCCGCAGAAACUGCCACGAGCACCACUGUAGCGAACAUCAAAACGGACACUUCCUCGGGAGGCAGCCAAAUACACACGCGAAGCCAGAGCUUGUCCCAAAAAGAAGAGAAGACUGAUAACGUUACGGCAGCUCCAGGAAAAUCCGUCAAUACCGUAAAAGUUAUAAAACGUAUCGUCGUCAGAAAACCCAUCAGCUCGGCCGAUGCAACUUCCACGCCCUCGAAAGAAUCUGAGAACGUCACCAUCACCCAAAGCCCAUCGGGAUCAGCGACAAAAGUCACCAAACGCGUCAUUGUCAGACGCAUCAUACGUCAAGGCGAUACGACUCGCGAGGUUAUCAUGAACCCCGACGGCACCAUCAUCGAUCCUGCCGAACUGGCUAAAUUGCCAACCGGCAAUGUCGUCAAAAGGGUCGUCGUUAAAAAAGCUCUUGACAACAAAAAUUCUUCCUUCGUGCAGCAAGUCUUGAAGCCGCUGACUGACGCCAGAUUAGCCGCAACAUCGACGCCGAUCGUUGCGUCAAAAUCACAGUCCGAAAAUUUGCUCGACGAGGGCCCCAAGUUCGAGCUCAAAACUUCGCAAUCUUCCAGCGCGGAUAAAGCCGCCGCGAAGAACGAGGCCGUGCUGAACAAGGGCGACCAGGAGACCAAGGAAAAACUCGAACUUUUGGAGAAACGCGUGGAACAACAAAGAAUCAAAAUCGAAGAGUUACAAGCACGAAAACAACAAGAAACCGAAGCGAUUGACGAGAGCCUGCCCGAACGACACGACGAGUCCGAGGACGAACAACAGCUCCCGCUCAAACGCGUAUUCGUCAAAAGAAAGCAAAGUAUUUACGAUGAGGAACAAGAAUACGACAACGAUGGAGAUACCGACGUUAAGAAGGAACAGGAGACCCAAAAAGAGCCCGAAUUCGAUCAAAUCCAAGCAGAAACGCCCGUCGAAGCCCCGGUCACGCGUAGCAAGCAAUUGGCGAUCACGAGUUCCAAGGUUUACACCAAGAAGAAAGUGAUUUUCGUCAAAACCGAAGAUCCCGGUGAGAUCGACGAGAUGAGUCGGGAAAUCGGUAGCAUAUUGAACUCCUCGGACAACGUCGUCAAAAUGCAAGAAAACGUCCUAACGAAUCUAAGUCAAAUAUCGGGAAUCGGUGAAGUAUCCGACACGACCAAAUCCGAGGUUGCUCUCGAAGGAGAAGUUUCCGUCAGGGAAGAAAAUUUCCCCGAGCCGAUGGAACAAGACGACAGUAAUAACGAGGACGAAAUCGAAGCGAAACUUGAGCCCCCGACACAGGAAACUGAAAUAAUGACGACGUCGACUACCAGCGAAACAGCAAUGGAGGCGACGGAAUCGAAAGACGUCACCGCGAUCGAGGCUUCCAACGAGAUGAUCGAAAUCGCCGUUGCUGUCACCGGUGAACAAGAAAUUCCUGAACACGACGAAAGCGCCACUUUGGCUCUUGUACAAGAAGACAUGUCCGGGUCUGCUGAUAUUUUCGAAAGUAACGAUUCUAUUUGCCCGAAAACUGAGGUCAACCUGGAGGAUUCGGUUAUCGAGCUGGCCCACAACGAGACGAUCAAUCUCAACGACACCAACGAGAGUCAGGACAGCCUCGAGGACAAACUCUCGCAAAUGGAGGGUUGAUCGAGCGCGUGCGAGCGUGUGUUUUUUCAGAACUAUUCGUUUUUUUAACUAUCAAGAGAAAUACAGAUGAGAGAAAAAAACUACUUUUUACACACUUCUGACUCAUCAUUUUUGAAAAUACAUCAAAGAAACAUGAGUUCGAACGACUUUUUCGCUUUAUUUCGUUUGAAAAUCGUCUGAAAGAGAUCGUAACCUCUUUCGUCAUUAUUAUUGUACCGAUAGAUUCUUCAACGGUUAAAACGAAUCAAAGAUAAUAAUUAUCUUGUACGUUUCUACAAAACCAAUUUUUUCGUAUCGUAUCAAACAUACGAUUUACUUUUCAUUCUGACGAGUUUUUUGAAAAAAUGAAAUAUGUAAAAUCUUCGCCGACUUCGGAUGAAGCGCGAUUAUUAAGUUGUCGGUAGGUUAUUACGUGAUCGUAAUUCCUAAUGAUAGUAAAAACAACAAAUCGAUAAUACGAGAAAUCAUAAAUAAGACUUGUGAAACAAAAAGAAAAAUGCAACUAUCGUUGAGACGUCUACUUACACGUUUUUCGAACGAUCUUUCACUCUUCGUUUUCCGUAAAACCAACAUUUUACAUCGGGACAAAAACGACUAAAAGAAGUAAGAACAAUAAUUGGGCAAAAAGGCAAAUAAAAUACGAACUUUGUAACCGGAAAUUGUAAACUUUGUGUAAAUAUUUCAUAUAUGAAUUUUCAAGAUUGGCGAAUCAGAAAUAAUCCUAAUUAUACACUUACGUACGAUGUGUGCGCGAUACACCGGAACUUAGAAUUUUGGGCAACGUCCAAUGUCUUCAUUGCUUGGGUCAAUUUCGAAAAUCUACUAGUUGCAGGAAAAAACGUUGGUUUCGAAAAAAAAUCAGGACAAAUGACUGAAUCUGAGUUUCCGUGUAAAUUACAGAUUAUGUAAGGAUGAUUAAGGUUUAAUGGUACUUUUGUUCCGUUUAUUUUUUGGACAUUAAUUACAAUGUAUGUACAUACACGUUAAAAUAGGUGCAGGGAUCCACGUUUUAUACAACAUUGAAAGAACGUUAAUAACAAAAAAAAUGGAAAGGCGCGAUAGCAUUGUUUAAUCGAGGCAUGGGAGAAGAGAGGGUUCUUCAACCGUGUUAAUACGAAGUACGAACAAAAAUUGAUUAGCGACAUAGAAAAAAUGCUGAUGCAAGAUCCCGAUCAUUACCGCGGCGAUAAUAAUAUUCAUUCACCAAAAACAAAAUAUCUUGCGCUUCUUUUUCUUAUUUCUUUACAUCUAUUAUGAUAAAUUGAAAAGAAAUAUUAUAAUCUUAGGAUAAUUUACAGUAUGCAUAUUGCGAGACAGCAAAGUUUUAACCACGCACGGUAAAUCGCGCGACGACCGACGGAUAUUCGAUUAUAAAGAAAUUAAAAAUAUAAAGAUGUAUCAAAAUACAACGUGUGGUAAGUGUCAGAAUAA